CUAACCGCGUGAGGUCGCGUCAGUCGGGUUUCUGCGCUUGCCGGUGUUGGGUGUGCGUCCUCCUCGACUCUUAUAUUCGUGUCAUAGUUAAUUUAAACCUGGUAUUUAUAAAUUAAAAUAGUCUUACCUGUAUUUAAAAUUAUUUAAGGACGUAGUGUAUUCUAAAAUAAGUGUGUUCAUUUUACGUAAAGUGUGUUUAUUCUCUAUUUAUUAUAGUGUUUAAAAAUAAGACGAUCCUACAGUCAUUCCAAAGGCGCGCACCAUGGCCAAAACAGAGAAGUCAUUUCCGAGAAACUUUACAGGUUGUCUAACAUGUGUCCAAGUACUGAAUAUUAUGGUCCUCCUCGGCUUCAUGUUGAACUACGCCCUCCGAGUGAACCUCACGAUUGCAAUUGUAGAAAUGAUUUACGAUGACAAUGACAACCACACUGCUGCCUUAAACAUCACCUUAGGACCUCACAACGUUACUGAGCACCCAGAACAUAUCGAGCAGACUCGUUACCACUGGGAUACGAAACAGAAGAAUCACCUUCUUGGUUGCUUCUUCUGGGGUUACGUGCUCACAGAACUGCCAGGUGGCAGACUGGCAGAAAUUAUUGGUGCUAGGCGGGUGUUCGGAUACAGCACCCUGUUAGCCAGUAUCCUCACCCUCCUUACUCCUGGCUCUGCAGCCCUCGGCUUCGGAUGGAUUGUUGCAGUCAGAGUAUUACUAGGAUUCCUUCUCGGAGCGACAUGGCCAGCUAUCCUGCCAAUGGCAUCUAAAUGGAUUCCACCAAUGGACAGAUCAAAAUUUAUGUCUAACAUGAUGGCGUCAUCCUUAGGUGCAGCGAUGACCAUGCCGAUUUGCGGUUUCCUAAUCGCCCACUUCGGAUGGGAGUCAGCUUUCUACUUCACAGGUAUCAUCGGAGUCAUGUGGUCAGUAGCAUGGUUCGCAGUGGUAUACGAUACUCCAGGUCAGCACCCUCGCAUAUCCGAGACGGAGCGCAACUACCUCAUGAAGGCGCUGCCACAGGACAACAACAGCAAAGGACACAUUCCAGUACCAUGGAAGAAGAUGCUGCUGUCUCCUCCAGUGUGGGCCAUCAUCAUCACCCACGGAGCCUCCGUCUUCGGCUACUUCACCGUCGUCAACCAGCUGCCCAGCUACAUCGAGAGCAUCCUGCACUUUAACAUCAAACAUAACGGUCUCCUGUCAUCUCUACCGUACCUUGGCAAAUACCUGUGUGCGCUCGCAUCGUCAGUGCUCGCCGACCAUCUGAGGCGAAGCGGCAAACUCUCCACUACCGCUGCAAGGAAACUCUUCACUGGAUUCGCUGUGGGACUUCCAGGUCUAUUGAUGAUUGCUCAGGCGUACCUCGGCGGUGACCGUGUGUGGUCCAUCGCUAUCUUUACAUCAGCGCUCACCAUCAACGGCGCCGUCACCGCUGGCUACCUCGGCAACGGGCUGGAUAUUGCUCCCAACUUCAGUGGAACUAUCUUCGGCAUGGCGAACACUCUGUCAUCCUUCGGCGGCUGGUUGUCUACCUUCAUGGUGGGAGAACUCACCAAGGAAAAUAACACCCCGGACCAAUGGAAGAUAGUAUUCUACAUCUUAGCGGGCACAUACAUCACUGGCGCCCUCUGCUUCGUGAGCUUUGGUUCAGGGGAGCUCCAACCAUGGAACUCUGCCAAACCUACUGCUGAAGUCGAGAAGCAGCACGAGGAACAACCUCUUAAUGAGGAGAAGGCGUGAAGAGCUGGAGGUGGAAAGUCAGGCAUGCUAGAAAGGUUUGAAGGAAUCUAAGACACAGUCAGUUUUGCUUUUGAUACCAAUUUAGAUCUUGUUGGUAUGGAUUAAAGUCGUUUUUUCUUUGUUACUAUGCAAUUGACUGUUCGCAAUAUAAAAGAAAUUAAUGAAUUUAGUUUAUUCAAGUCCCGAUUUGGAAGUAAAUUGGGAUCGAAAACGAUGUUGAUCUAGAAACCAUUAGUUAUUUAUAAGGAUCUUUGUAAAAGACAUUUUUGUGAAGAUUAUAACUGUUUCCCUAGGGAAACAGUUGAAAUGAAAUAAGAUCUACCCUUGCUUAGUCAAAUAUAGAUCUUAUUUCAUAAGCUUGAAGGUAGGUAUUACAAACGACAUUUUAAAUUCACUAUUUUCAAGCAUGUCUGACAUUCGUUUUUAUUGUUGAAAAUAACACAUUGUUAAACAUUUCACUUAGGAUCACAAUCCGUGGGGAGAUUCGACGCAAUCUCACCACUAUAACUAAUAAAAUUGUUAUUCAUCUAGGAUAUUAGCAGUUUUUAGCACUAAAAGACUAAAAGAAAAUAGUAAAAAAAUAUUCAAAAGUCAAGAUCAAACUGCUAAUGUCCCAGAUCCACUAGAAAAAGCAAAAGAAAUGAUUUUCUCACUUCUAAUCAAAUUACAAGUGAGAAAAUAGUUCCUGAUGUAUUGUUAAAAAUAUAAAGAAAUAAAAAAAAAACUCAAAAAAAGGCUGUUUAGUGUAUAAAUAUAUAAAUGUGAUGUAUUUAUAUGGAACCGGCGCGCUCAUGGACUCGGAUAACGUUGGUUCGUAAGAAACCCGACUCAUAAGUAGUAGAUAAGUGUCUAUACUUGCGUAUGCGCAUAUUUCGGCGUUGUGAUGGAAUGAUGUAAGCUUAUAAAUAGUAAAAAGUCCAUUAAUUUUUCAAAAUUUUAUUUAAAACGUUCUCCCACAUUAGAAUUUUCUCCUAUGUCGUGGGUGCGUUUACAAACAUACAAGUUCUAACUCUUAUAAACCAGAGAACUAAAGCAGAUUCGUACGAGGCCAUCAUGAUACUACAGGAGUCUAUAUUUCUAUCCGAAUUUAAUAAUUUUACAUCAAACCAUACAACGCGGAUAUUUAUUAAAAUAUAAGUUUUGUUGCUUCAACGCCUUUGGUAAUGCGGACACGUGGACAAUUUGCGAGGAGGACGCGUGAUGAAAUGUAAAUGAUAAUAAUUAAUCCUUCGUUAAUGUUUGACUGAAGUAUCUCUGGAAUUUGGAGUGGUCUGGGAAUGCCUGAUCUUUCUUAUGUUUACAUGAAUUGUGACAUUAGAACUCCAACAUGUUUUAAUAGCUACGUCAAAAGCUCAUAAUAGUUCACUGUGUCCUUUAUUUAAAGGAUAUUUUAAUUUGAAUCUGCAGGUAAUUUAAUAAUAUUGUCGACCUAAUUGCCGAUGUAUAUCUCCUAUUCAAUUAUAUCAUCAUUUUUAGUAAAAUACCACUUUAUAAAAAGAUUACUAAGAUAAUUUAUUAUUAUAAUAAAUUUACAAAAACAUUGACAAAGGAUUAAAAAUCAAUGCAUAGACACUUCGUUUACAUUUCACACGUAAGUGCCACUUAGUAAGGGAAUAGAGUAGCUUACCAAAUCGUACUGAUAGUCGUAAGGACGGAUCCGAUCCGGGGACCAAAGUUGAGGACAACAAAAUCAUUCAAACUUAUUUAUUUUGUGUCUGUAGUUGUGUUUGUUGAACAUUUCAAACAUUAGAUACAGGUGCCAAAGUACGAGUGAUUUAAGCUUAAAGAAAUCGUAACGAGUACGCGUUCGGCACUCUGAUUGGUUGGUUCAUUGGUGCCGGCCAAUCAGAGCGGCGAAAGCGUAC